AUGACGGCACAGAGGGACAGAGUUCAGACCUGGUAUUCGCAGGAUCACGGUUUAUCCGGAUCACGGGGUUGCUUUGGCUAUCCAUUGAGCAUCUUCUUCAUCAUCAUCAAUGAGUUCUGUGAAAGAUUCUCCUACUAUGGAAUGAAAGCCAUCCUGAUUCUGUACUUCACACGUUUCAUUGGAUGGGAUAACAAUCUGUCCACUGUCAUCUACCACACCUUUGUAGCUCUGUGCUACCUGACACCGAUUCUCGGAGCACUCAUCGCCGACUCCUGGCUGGGGAAGUUCAAGACAAUCGUGUCACUGUCCAUCGUUUACACAAUCGGACAGGCUGUCAUCUCAGUGAGCUCAAUCAAUGACCUCACAGACCAUGACCACAACGGGACCCCCAACAACAUUCCUGUGCACGUGGUGCUGGCCAUGAUUGGCCUGGUCCUGAUAGCUCUCGGUACUGGAGGAAUAAAGCCCUGUGUGUCUGCAUUUGGAGGAGAUCAGUUUGAAGAAGGCCAGGAGAAACAAAGAAACAGAUUUUUUUCCAUCUUUUAUUUGGCCAUCAAUGCUGGAAGUUUGCUUUCCACCAUCAUCACGCCAAUCCUCAGAGUUCAGGAAUGUGGAAUUCAUAGUAAACAAGCGUGCUACCCACUGGCGUUUGGAGUCCCUGCUGCUCUCAUGGCUUUCUCUCUGAUUGUGUUUAUCAUUGGCAGUUCACUGUACAAGAAGGUCCAGCCGCAGGGUAACAUCAUGGCUAAAGUGGUCAAGUGCAUUGGUUUUGCCAUCAAAAAUAGGUUUAGGCAUCGGAGUAAGGCAUUUCCAAAGAGGGAACACUGGCUGGACUGGGCCAAAGAGAAAUAUGAUGAGCGACUGAUCUCCCAAAUUAAGAUGGUCACCAAGGUGAUGUUCCUGUACAUCCCGCUCCCAAUGUUCUGGGCGUUGUUUGAUCAGCAGGGCUCAAGGUGGACACUGCAAGCAUCAACUAUGAGUGGAAAAAUUGGAGUUCUUGAAAUUCAGCCUGAUCAAAUGCAGACAGUGAACGCCAUCUUGAUAGUUAUCAUGGUUCCCGUUUUCGAUGCUGUCCUGUAUCCUCUGAUCGCAAAAUGUGGUUUCAACUUCAGCUCCUUGAAGAAGAUGACAGUUGGGAUGUUCCUGGCGUCCAUGGCCUUUGUGGUGGCUGCCAUUGUACAAGUGGAAAUUGAUAAAACUCUUCCACACUUCCCCAACGGAAAUGAAAUUCAACUUAAGGUAUUGAAUAUAGGAAAUAAUAAUAUGACUGUGUCAUUUUCUGGAACACCAGAGAUCUUUACCCCCUCAAAUGAAUUUAAGACUUUUGAAGCAGACAAAUUGCCAAACAUAACCUUCUCCCUUAAUGGAUUACAAAACUCUUCAGUAAAUUAUGCUUUUAAAACGGGCCAUCGCCAUACCCUUCUCAUCUGGGGCCCUGGCCAGUACCGAGUGGUAAAGGAUGGCCUUAACAAGAAGCCAGAGAAAGGAGAAAAUGGAAUCAGAUUUGUCAACACUUUUAACCAGAACAUCAGCAUUGAGAUGGCCGGGAAAGUUUAUGAAAAUGUCACCAGUUACAAUGCCAGUGAAUAUCAGUUUUUUCCUUCAGGCGUAAAAAGCAUCAAUGUAACAUCAGCAGAGAUUACAUCAACUUGUGCAAAUUUAGAAUCUUCCAAACUUGAAUUUGGUGGUGCUUAUACCUAUAUAAUAACAAAGAAGAGCGAUGGUUGCCCUGAAAAGACAGAGCUCUUGGACAUUCCCUCCAACACGGUGAACAUGGCGCUGCAGAUCCCACAGUACUUCCUCCUCACCUGUGGAGAAGUGGUCUUCUCUGUGACCGGCUUGGAAUUCUCCUAUUCCCAGGCUCCUUCCAACAUGAAAUCAGUGCUUCAAGCAGGAUGGCUGCUGACGGUGGCUGUUGGCAACAUUAUUGUGCUGAUUGUGGCCGGGGCAGGACAGUUCAGUGAGCAGUGGGCUGAGUACAUCCUGUUUGCUGCACUGCUGCUGGUUGUCUGCAUAAUAUUUGCAAUCAUGGCGAAAUUCUACACAUACAUCAACCCAGCAGAGAUUGAAGCUCAGUUUGACGAAGAUGAGAAGAACAAAAAGUUGGAAAAGAAUAACUUCUAUCCCAUGACAGAGACUGACCCACAGACAAAAAUGUGA